UGAUUAGAUUCCUUAAUUUUUUUUAUUUACCAUGCCUUUUUUCUAGCAAUCUGUAAUGUUUGUUCAGGUUAUUUGAAUUGUAUUUGGAGAAGGCUCAAGUGUUUUCAUAUUUCUUGAUGAUUGAUUGUGUUAUGAGGAGUUUUCUCUAGCUGUUCUUCGUCAUGAACGGGGAGACUUCAUGGAUCAGCCAUUGCUUUGAUGACAGGUUGAAAGAAAUAGGUGAUUGUGAUUCGUUUUCGGAACUUACUGAUGAAGGUAACAAAGAAACUACCGCGGUUUCUAUGGACUUAAUCUUGCCGGAUGACUUGCUCGAACGGAUUUUGGCUUAUCUCCCCGUUGCUAGCAUUUUCCGAGCUGGUUCUGUGUGCAGAAGAUGGCAUGAGAUUGUCAGUUCCAGAAGGUUCCUAUGGAAUUUUUCGGAUAUCCUAUCACAAAAGCCUUGGUAUUUCAUGUUUACAAGCUCUGAUGAACCCGUUGGUUAUGCCUAUGACCCGAUCCUUCGGAAGUGGCACAGCAUUGAACUGCUUUGCAUUCAGACUCCUAACUGGUUCAUUGCUUCAUCAUGUGGCUUGGUUUGUUUCAUGGACAAUGACAGUAGAAGUGAACUGCAUGUCUGCAAUCCAAUCACCAAAAAUUGCAAGAAGCUCGAGCAUCCUCCCGGUCUGAAAUUCCCUGAUUAUUGUGCGCUGUCGAUCUCGGUAAACAGGACAUCACACGACUAUACCGUAUCCAUUGUGAAGUCUAAACAAGUUCCUGGAAAAUUUUUCCAAUGGGAUGUUUCAAUUCAUAUUUAUGAUUCGGAAACAAUGAUGUGGACUACCUCCUUGACUGAGGUUUUGACAGGAUGGAGAGGUGGAGAUGAAAGUGUUAUAUGCGAUGGGGUUUUAUACUUUUUGAUUUACUCAAGUGGCGGUGGUACACGGGAAAUCCGGCAUGGUCUAGUUACAUAUAGUCUAUCUAAUCGAUCAUCUCCAUUGAUAAGAAGUUUAAUUCCGGUGUCCAGUCCUCUUACUUGCGGCCGUCUGAUGAACCUAAACGAAAAGCUGGUGAUGGUUGGAGGUAUCGGGAAGCAAGAUCGGGCUGAUAUAAUCAAGGGGAUUGGAAUCUGGGUUCUUGAAGGGAGGAAAUGGGUAGACGUUGCUCGCAUGCCCCAUAAGUUUUUUCAAGGAUUCGGUGAGUUGGACGAUGUUUUCGCUAGCAGUGGUACCGAUAAUCUCAUAUAUAUCCAGAGUUACGGUGCACCUGCUCUUCUCGUUUUUGACAUGAACCUGAAGCUAUGGAAAUGGGCACAGAAGUGUCCGGUAUCAAAGAAGUUCCCUCUUCAGCUUUUCACUGGUUUCUGCUUCGAACCAAGACUCGAAUUUGCUCCUUAAUUUAUUUCCCACUUCUUCGUUUUCUUCUUCUUCUACGGUUUCUAUCUUUCAUCU